AAACUUCCGCUACAAAAGCUCACCCAUUCGCCUUCAAUUUCUCAUUCAUAUAGAAAGAGAAACAAGAGAGAGAAACAGAAAACCAGAGAAAAAAUGGGUCUAGGGUCAAACAGGGUCGAGCAUUUCGUCGUGAAAACGAACGACGAAGAAGACUUUACCACCGUCACCAUUUCCAAGCCAGAAGCAGCAGCAACUGCAUCAUCUCCUCUUGAACUACACAAAGUAUGUAUUCCUCCUCACAAAACAACUCUUCAAAAACUCAAACAAAGAACAUCCGAGAUCUUCUUCCCCGACGAUCCUCUUCACCAGUUCAAAAAUCAAUCUUGUUUUCGAAAACUCAUUCUGGGUCUUCAAUAUUUCUUCCCUGUUUUCGAAUGGGGUCCUAAUUAUACCCUUUCCCUUCUCAAAUCAGAUGUCAUUUCCGGUCUCACCAUUGCUAGUCUUGCUAUUCCUCAAGGAAUAAGUUAUGCUAAGCUUGCUAAUCUCCCACCUAUUAUAGGUUUAUAUUCAAGCUUUGUUCCUCCUCUUUUGUAUGCCAUACUUGGUAGCUCUAGACAUCUUGCUGUUGGACCCGUUUCCAUUGCUUCUCUUGUAAUGGGUACCAUGCUUAGCGAAACUGUUUCUUAUUCUCAAGAUCCCACUCUUUAUCUUCAACUGGCCUUCACAUCCACCUUCUUCGCUGGAGUUUUCCAGGCUUCAUUGGGAUUCUUAAGGCUGGGAUUCAUUAUUGAUUUUCUAUCAAAGGCAACUCUUUUAGGGUUCAUGGCUGGAGCAGCAGUCAUUGUUUCAUUGCAGCAACUCAAAGGUUUACUUGGGAUUGUUCAUUUCACUACCAAGAUGCAGAUUGUCCCUGUCUUAUUCUCUGUUUUUCAGAACAAAGACGAGUGGUCUUGGCAGGCAAUUGUAAUGGGUAUUAGCUUUCUUCUGUUUCUGUUAGCAACUAGGAAGAUUGGAAUGAAUAACCCGAGGCUGUUCUGGAUUUCUGCGGCUGCGCCAUUGACAUCGGUGAUUCUCUCCACCGUCAUCGUCUUUCUCCUCCGACACAAGGCUCACGGGAUUGCCAUAAUUGGACACUUACCGAGAGGUCUCAAUCCACCUUCAUCAAACAUGCUCAACUUCCAUGGUCACUACCUUUUGGUCGCCUUGAAUACGGGCAUAGUCACAGGAAUUCUAUCUCUCACAGAGGGAAUUGCUGUGGGAAGAACAUUUGCUGCUUUACAGAACUAUCAAGUGGAUGGAAACAAAGAGAUGAUGGCUAUUGGAAUAAUGAAUAUGGCCGGUUCUUGCUCAUCUUGCUAUGUCACAACAGGCUCGUUUUCGAGAUCUGCUGUGAAUUACAACGCGGGGGCAAAAACAGUAGUUUCAAACGUAAUCAUGGCUGCAACUGUACUCAUCACUCUUCUGUUCCUCAUGCCUCUCUUUCAUUACACACCAAAUCUCAUCCUGGCAGCCAUUAUUAUAACGGCAGUUAUUGGAUUAAUUGAUUAUCAAGGCGCCAUUAAGCUAUGGAAGGUUGACAAGCUCGAUUUCAUGGCCUGCAUGUGUUCGUUUUUUGGAGUUCUUUUCAUAUCAGUCCCCACAGGACUUGCCAUUGCAGUGGGUGUUUCAGUUUUCAAGAUCCUACUGCAUGUGACAAGACCAAACACUUUGGUUUUAGGAAACAUCCAUGGAACGCAAAUCUAUCAAGGCAUUUGUCAAUACAGAGAAGCUUCUCGAGUCCCCUCAUUCCUUAUCCUAGCAAUUCAGUCUCCUAUAUACUUUGCGAAUUCCACUUACAUACUCGAAAGAGUCCUGAGAUUUGUUCGCGAAGAAGAAGAGCGCAUAGAAGCAAAUAAUGGGAACAUGCUGAAAUGCGUUAUUCUUGACAUGACUGCUGUCACAGCAAUAGACACGAGUGGCAUAUACACAAUAAGCGAACUGAAAAAGAUGCUUGAGAAAAGAUCAUUGCAGUUUGUGCUGGCAAACCCAGUUGGAACCGUAGUGGAAAAGCUAAACCAUUCAAAUGUGUUGGAAUCUUUCGGAUUGAAUGGAGUAUAUGUAACAGUGGGUGAAGCUGUGGCUGACAUAUCAUCAGCAUGGAAGGCUCAGCCAUGAGAUACUAAAGAAAGAAAGAAGAUCAGAUCUAUCUUUUACUUCCCAGUUCCCACUACGGGUUGAGACUAGUAGUUAUAAGGAGAGAAAUUUGGAUUUUUUUUUUCCUUUCAUGUUAUAUAUAUGUCCAAAGUGGGUAAAAUUCAUCCAAUCCACUUAAACAACGGAUAAUCUUAUUUUGGCAAAUAUAAGCAAAACUUCUUCCCAAAGAAGUGUUUGAAAUUUUCUGAAAAUUUUCCUUUUAUACUACAAAACAUAUAUGAUGACUUCUGCUCUUACAAUAUUUGUAUGAUAAUUAAACCAUACUUAUGAACUACAACAAAGAGGAUAAACUAACUGUCUUU